GCGGUGCUGGCGGCGGGGAAGGUGUCGCUGUACCGGCAGGAGCCGGGCGGCUGGCACUGCUGCAAGCGCACGAGCGACGUCUCGGUGUCCUGGAGACCCUCAGACGAGUUCCCCGGCAACCUGUACAAGGGCGAAGGAAUAGUGCCGGCAAGUCCUGCGAACGUCUGGGAGCUCCUGAAACCCGUCGCCAACGGACUCAGACCGACCUGGGACCCGAACGUGAAGGGGUUUGACGUUAUUGAAACCAUCAGUGACACUGUCUCUAUAUGCAGAACUACUACCCCAUCAGCUCUCAUGAGGCUUAUUUCUCCAAGAGACUUUGUAGAUGUGGUGCUAACAAAGCAGUAUGAAGAUGGGACUCUAGCAUCCACUGCAACCAAUAUAGAGCAUGUGCUCUGUCCUCCGCAACCCAGUUACGUGAGAGGGUUUAAUUAUCCAUGUGGCUGUUUCUGUAUACCUGUUCCAGGGGAACCAGACAAGACUCAGCUCCUCAGUUUCUUUCAGACUGAUCUUGGUGGCUACCUUCCUCAGACUGUGGUGGACUCGUUCUUUCCAAGCAGCAUGGUUGGAUUUUAUAGCAGUCUGACCAAAGCUAUAAAGACGCUAAAAGCUUGAUGGGCAUGGAAAGUGUAAUCUCACUGCUGGAGCAUAGAAGGGGGAGGUUAAGAGCAAAUGAUCCAUGGUCUGACAUAUUAGGUGAAGGUGGAAAAGGUAGAAGUAGAAACUCGUGAUGCUUUUCUAACAGCAAAGAUACGUUGUUGGAAAGCUAAAUUGGGAGAAGUGCCUUGUCUCAAGUCAGUUUUUAAUAUGAUAUAUUCUGCCUGUCUUUCUAUCUGAAAAGCUUUGUAAUAUCAAUUCUUUUUUUUGUAUUUCCCUUAAAACAGAAGCUGGCAGUCUUCUGGAAACAGUUCUGCUCUCCCCCUCCAGAGGGAGUGUGUGCACUUCCAAAUUCCUUGUGAUUGCUGUCUCAGUGCAUGUCAGGGGACACUGUUAAAAUCAGUGUUGUUGUACCAUUUUAAGUCAGAUCAGGAAGCUGUACUCCUCGUUCUAAGCAGAGAGCUAGAUCCUUUGCUAUAGCAACUAAGACAUUACAAUGGAACCAAGCCAGAAAAUGGUCAAGCCCAGAGUUAAAGGGGUAGGUGAGGUGAGAUCUUAAUCCAUUCUAGACAUUUUAAUUCUGAUUCCAAUUGACUUCAGUGCUUGAGUAUUUUUCUGAAUUAGGACUUAAUAUUCUAAACCAAUUCACACAGGUCAGAGCUGAGUUGUCCUCUUUAUCACCCACUCUCAACCAAAAAAUGUUCACGUACAAACUGUCAUAAAGCAGUGAUGCUCACAUCUUUGGGGUUGCAGACCCCUUUAAUUAAGAAAGGGUUACUUUCUUUAUUAUCCAUUACACUGAUUCAGUAAUAACAUGGCAAACUUAUUUUUUAAGUUUUCUGUGUUAUCGAUGAAUCUGUGCUGUGGAUAAUAAAGAAAGUAACUCUUUUAUCACUACAGUCACACUGUCACUUCCUCAACAGCUUAAGAGAUUUCAUAGUUUUUCUUGAUUCUUGCUCUUUCUCACUUUUCCAAGAUUAAUGUACUUCCCAUUUACCUCUUUUCUCUCAUGCACUCUCCAAAAAUUCAAUGCAUAAACCAAACUGCACUGACAUAAUGGCAAUAAAGAAAUUUUAAGCACUUUACCUGUCAUUUUUCUAACCCCAUCUGAAAUAAUCAGGAAUCUGAACAGUUUUCCAGUCCCUGACUGGAGGUGUUUUUUAACAUGUGAAUCAUCUUUUUGGUGGACAAGUUUUGAUUUGUCAUAAAAAUGGGAUGUGCUUUGUGUCUGUUCCCUAGCCUGACUCGCCUCCUUGCUUACCUUAGAUUAGCCCCCGAUGUAGUAUGCAGUGAUAGGUACACCUUUACAACAUGGCUGAUUAUUUGGAGAAUGUCAGGAGCUGUUAUAAUUAACACAUUAUUCUCGGCCCUUUUAUAAAAGAAAAUGAUCAUUUAUGAUGGUUGAGUUGGAAAUGUAAAUCCACAUUGUGAUUUUUUAUGCUGCUACUUUUACUAUUUAUUUAACCAUAUUUCAGUUUCAGUCCUUAAACUUGUUAAAUGUAACAUGUGUAGUGUGGUUCAUAGGCUUACAUACAAAACUUCCUGCUGUCAUUUUUCAUCCUUGUAAUUAGAUUUCCAGGGAUGAUUUUUUUAAAGUAGUCUCUUGUACAUGUGAAGUUUAUAAAACAUGUCAGUGUACACAUAGUAAAAUAAAUAUUUUCUGUUACACUUU